AUGUACUCAGAAGAUAACCAACAACAGCAGCAACCACAACAACACCAAGGGCAACAGGGGCAACAAGGCCUGCAACAACUGCAACAAUCAUCACACCACCACCACAACCGCCAUCAUCAUCACCACCACCACCGUCUGCAUCGCCACCAACAACAACAGCUGCCACAACUGCAACACCAUGGCAGUAUCACAUCAGCACCAACAAUAGCUACUCCUACAGCCUUGUCACCUUUUACCACAUCAUCUGCUCCAACAAUAGGACACGCAUCGUCAAUACCAGAAGAACAAGCUCAAUUCAGACAAGUGUGCUUCAACCCAGUCAACCCAUCGGGCCCCAUACCAUCAGCUGCAGAAGCUGCAAGUGCAACCACGUCUGGUAACAAUUUUCACACAACUGCACCAAUGAUGCCCAACUCACCACCAUCAACCCCUUUCGCACCUGAACAGAAGAAACAGGAACCAGCUUCUGGUUCAAAUAGUCAAAAGAGACUAUCAUCGUCGUCGUCUGAUUCUAGCAAACGCCUAAGACUUGAAAAUGGACAUCACGCUACCAGUACUCCAACAGGUGAUACCAGUAACACAACACAUACAUCUAAACCAACAACCGCUAUUUCUACAACACCAGCAUCUGGCACUGCAAUUGCCAAGACCCCCAAGUUCAUACGCAAGUUUAGGUCGAGAUCGUUACCUAUCAUCAACUAUAAUAACCCCAACUCAGCAUUCUUUCCUCAUUACCGCAAAAAGCAUAAUAAUGUAUUUUUACAUGCCAAUAAUACUUCCACAACUGCAGUUACUGAAGAUAACACACCAAUGUCGACGGCGACGACGACGACCACAUCAUCAUCGGUUCCACCAUUACCACCCAUCAAUCUUCAAUCAUUAAAAGAGAUUGACUUGCAUGAAAUCCUUAAAAACCCACAAUUACGACACGAUAUACUCUUUGACCCUCAAUUACAAUUCAGACCCAACUUGGAUGGGGAAAGAGGUAAACGGAAAAAGUCUAUAAUUGACAAGUAUUGGAUGGAAAUUCAAAAAGAAUGCCAACAAUUUUUUGUACCCAACCUUGAUCCAAAAACCAUCAAGAUUUCCCGUUUACCAAUCUUGUUUACAACUUUGAGAGAUAUAUUGUUGUCGUUGUUGCCGACUAAGGAUCGUCAGCAAGUUUCCGAGAUUAUGGAUAUCGACUUGUUGGUACAGCAAUUGCGUCAUGGGAGUUUUGAUUUUGUAGAGAUGAGCAAAUGGUUGGGUGACGUUUUCAAACUGCACUGUGCACCAAUGAGGGAUCAGUGGGUACUGGAAAUGAGUGCCAAGUUUAUCGAUGCAGCUACAUAUAAUAGUGUUGGCUUCCUUGUUGGUGGAUUGAGAAUGAUUUUCCAAAUUUUGGAGGCAAUGAAAUUGGAUGUGGCAAAUCACCAAAUCAGGAUACUAAGACCAGUAUUGAUUGAAACAGCAGUCGAUUUCGAACGGGACUAUUUCCAAACUUUAAUCAACCACCAAAAGAUCAACAUUAAUGAUUCAUUAAACUGGUUUUACAAGAAGUUUGUGAAAAAGACCACCGACGUCGAUUAUAGCGAUUUACAAGUGAAUGAAGCCACAUUAAAGCCAAUUGUUAUCAGCUCAAUUAUCGACUUGUUAUCUUGCCGUCAAAUGGCCACCGAGUUCCCUUCAACGUUGACUUUUGAUCAUACGAGAUUAGUUCUUUUACGAGCUGAUGUACGUCAAUUAGUUUGUGUCCAAUUGUGUGUCGUUUUGUACAAGCAAUUGGUUGUCAAUGCUAGGGCCAGCACCCAAUUGUUAUCACCAGCAAACAUCACCAAAGUGCAACAAGAGGUGUUGGCAAUUGUCACCGACGACAAUGGAAACAUCAAAUGGACCAAAAACAUCCAAUCAAUUGCAUUGCAAUUGGUUAAAAACGUUGUGCCAAAGGAAACCAAAGAGUUGCCCCGCAAUUUGGUCGAAUUCAGCCAUAACUGGUUGGUCAAACACAUUCAACCAAAUUCAGAGGUUUAUGGUUUAAUGGAGAUGAAAAUUUUCAGGGAAUUGUUGGCCGAGAUUAUGGUUCUUGCAUCUUCAUCCGAGGACAAGGGAGCAGCAACUGAACCUUCAGCAAAUAAUGAAAUGAAAAACAUUGCUCAAAGGAUAGCUACAUUGGUCAACUUCCACUGGAGCGUGUUUGGGUCGUACUACUUGGAGCACAUCCAAUCACAGUACCCCAAAUUGCAAUUGAGGCAGCAGGAGGAGAAGAGGCGGAUGGAAGAAGCAGCUGCAGCUGCGGCAAAGACUCAAGAUGGUGACACCGUCAUGUCUAUUGUUGACGAUAGUACGGCCACAACAAAUACCCCCUCAGGCACACAACAGCACCAGACGAGGACUCCAGAGCACCGUAAUGGAAGCGCCAGCACUGGAUCUGCCACUGCCAGUAAUGGCGACAACAACUUGGACAACAAUAAUAACAAAUCUGCGCCAUUGAGCAUGUUGUCUUAG